AUGAACAGUGCUGACGGCACAGCUUGUGCUUCUCUGUUAUUACGCCGUGUUCCAAUGGCGGGGUCGGUGGUGGUCAACGUCCUUGUCCAACCACUGGUCACAGUCGUGAUGGAGAAGGCGUCCAACUACAUCCUUGAGAAGUACAAGGUGAUGAAGGGCAUGGAGGAGCAGCAUGAGAUCCUCAAGCGCAGGCUGCCCGCCAUCCUCGACGUCAUCGCCGACGCCGAGCAGGUGGCUGCCCACAGGGAAGGGGCAGCAGCCUGGCUCCAGGCCAUCAAGAAGGUGACUUACCAGGCGAAUGAAGUCUUCGACGAGUUCAAGUAUGAGGCGCUUCGUCGCAAGGCCAAAAAGGAAGGACACUACAAGGAGCUUGGCUUCGGUGUGGUAAAACUCUUUCCCACCCACAACCGUUUCAUAUUCCGUAACAGGAUGGGAAGAAAGCUCCGCAAGAUUGUGCGGGCCAUUGAUGUCCUUGUGACUGAGAUGAAUGCCUUUGGCUUUAAGUAUCAACAGCAACCGUUGGUGUCCAGUCAGUUCCGGCAGAAGGAUCAUGUUAUGUCUGAUCCAAAGAAAAUCACCAGCAGGUCGAGAGGCAAACAUAAGGAGAAACUUGUUGAUAUGCUAGUAGGUCAAGCUAACAAUGCAGAUCUCACAGUUGUUCCCAUCGUUGGAAUGGGGGGUCUGGGAAAGACCACGUUAGCACAACUAGUUUACAAUGAACCUGCAAUUAAGAAACAUUUCAAUUUGACUCUAUGGGUGUGUGCCUCUGACUGCUUUGAUGUGGAUACUCUGGCUCAAAGUAUAGUUAAAGCAGCUCCCAAGAAGAAGAAGAAGAAGAAGAAGAAGAAGAAGAAUGAUGGUAACGAAGUUGAUGCUCUGGCUGACAGUAUAGUUAAAGCAGCUCCCAAGAACAAGAAUGAUGGUACAGAAGAAGCUUCCGGGAAGAAUAAUGAUAGUACAAAAGCAACUCAUGGGAAGAAUAAUGAUAGUACAAGAGCACGUUCUAGGAAGAAGAAGAAGGAUGGUACAGAAGCAGCAGCUACUUCCAAGAACAACCUGCAGAAAUUAGUGAGUGGGCAGAGAUACCUCCUUGUACUGGAUGAUGUUUGGGAACGAAAGGAUGAUAUAUGGGAAAAGCUCAAGGCCUGCCUACAACAUGGUGGCAGGGGUAGUGCGGUCUUGACAACAACUCGUGAUGGAGGAGUGGCUAAAACAAUGGGUACCGUUGAAGCUUAUAAUCUCACAGCUGUGGAGGAUGAAUUCAUAAAGGAAAUUAUCGAGACAAGUGCAUUCAGCCGUUUUCAGAAUGAAGAGGAAAGGCCCGCCGGGUUGGUGAAUAUGGUUGGUGAGUUUGUGAAGAGAUGUGUUGGCUCUCCUUUAGCCGCAACAGCACUGGGCACAGUACUGCAUACCAAGACCAGCGAGGAAGAAUGGAAGGAUGUACUAAGCAGAAACAUCAUUUGCACUGAGGAGACUGGUAUCUUACCAAUACUCAAGCUCAGUUACAAUGACUUGCCGCCUCAUAUGAAGCAAUGCUUUGCUUUUUGUGCCAUGUUUCCCAAAGGUUACCUGAUUGAUGUGGACAAGCUGAUCCGACUGUGGAUCGCACAUGGCUUUAUUAUCCAGGAAAAGCAAGUUUGUCUUGAAACCAUUGGCAAACAGAUUUUUGAUGAGCUGGUCUCAAGGUCAUUCUUUCAGGAUGUGAAACAAGUCCAUGAAAUUGAGAAAUUGAGAAACAAGUCCAUGAAAUUGAGAAACAAGUCCAUGAAACAGAUUGACUCGUCCAGUGAAAUUGAACAUGACGGGGCAUGUUAUUCCAGAACUACAUGCAAAAUUCAUGAUCUUAUGCAUGAUGUUGCACUUUCUGUAAUGAAUAAUGAAUGUGCCUUGGCAACUGAGAAACCUUGCAAAAAUGAUGCUGUUGUUACAACUACGGAACCAAGUCAGAGUGAGUGGCUUCGAGACACUACUCAGCAUUUAUUUUUGUCAUGCAAGGAACCAGAAAAAGAAUUGAAUAGCUCUCUGGAUAACAGCUCUCCAGCUAUCCGAACACUUCUGUGUGAUAGUCGUAUGGAAAAUUCAUCAUGGCAGCAUCUAUCAAAAUACAGCUCUUUGAGAGCAUUAAAGCUCUGUUUGUGGGGUUCAUUUCCGCUGAAACCAAAGCAUUUACAUCACCUGAGGUACCUAGAUCUCUCAAGAAGUAGAUAUAUCAAAGCACUUCCUGAAGAUAUGAGCAUUCUAUACAACCUGCAAACGCUGAACCUCUCUGGCUGCAUAUGUCUUUGUCGACUUCCGAGACAAAUGAAGUAUAUGACUGCCCUCCGUCACCUUUACACUCAUGGUUGUCCAAAGCUGGAGAGCAUGCCUGGAGACCUCUCAAAACUAACAGCCCUACAGACACUUACAUGUUUUGUAGCAAGCAGUAACUCUAAUUGCAGCAAUGUUGGUGAGCUCGGGAGCUUGAACCUUGGUGGUCAACUGGAGCUAUGUCAUCUGGAGAACGUGGAAGAAGCUGCUGCAAAAGAUGCAAACCUCGUGAAGAAGAAGGAACUAACAGAACUGACAUUAAAAUGGAGCUUUGGAUCGGAUAACAUUGUUGGUGAACGUAGCAGUCGGGAUGAUGCAAGACUGCUCGAGCAACUUAAACCUCAUGAUGGGUUGCAUGCUAUAAGGAUACACGCCUAUGGAGCCACCACCUUUCCAACAUGGACAGCUAUGUUGCAAAACAUUGUUGCGGUCCAUCUUUAUGGUUGUAACAAACUGCAAUGGUUCUUUAGUGGUGACACUAAUACAUCCUUUGCAUUUGCAAAUCUGAAGAUGCUGACGUUGCAAGAGCUUGUCUGUUUUGAGAGAUGGUGGGAAAUAGAUAAUGGAAUGCAAGCAGAAGUGAUCAUGUUUCCUCAGCUUGAGAAGUUGUGUAUUAGUCAUUGUGAAAAGUUGACGGCAUUCCCAGGGCUGCCGACCUUCCCUAACCUCCAGAACACUCGUAUUGAGGGAUGUCCAGAGUUGACAACUAUAGUUGAAUCACCAAAGCUCAGUGUAUUAAAGAUGGAAGGACGUGAUGUACAGUUGUUCCAGUGGGUAGCCGGGCAUAUGACUUCAUUGACCAACCUGGACCUGCAUAGCCUUGUGGACAGUACAGAAACAAACUCAGCGGCUGCUGAGCAUGGUUUGAGGGAAUUAGUGGAUGGCAUGGACAAACGGAGUGAUCAUGGUUUUCCUCUGACAGUUUUGGUGUUACAAAGCUUUCAGCUGGAUGUAACAGAGCUGUGUUCCUGUUUUGUACACCUGCAAGAUUUGUCAUUUUGUAGGUGCCAUGCACUCCUCCACUGGCCAGAAAAAGAGUUUGAAGGAUUGGUAUCCUUGAGGAAGCUUACGAUUGACCAAUGCGAGAAUCUGACUGGAUAUGCACAAGGUUCUACCAAGCCAUCAACAUCAUCAGAAACAAGUCAGCUCCUUCCACGUCUAGAUGUACUAGUGCUACGGAACUGUGGAAGUUUGGUCGAGGUCUUCAAUGUCCCUGCAUCCCUCACGGUAAUGGAAAUUAUGUAUUGCAAGAAGCUUGAGUCUAUUUCCGGCAGGAGGCUGCAGCAGGGACAGUCAGCAUCACCGAUUCAUCAAGGGUCAUCUAGUAUAGCAGAGGUGUCAUCAUCAUCAUCACCCGGAGAUUGCGCGCAGAACUUAGAAAAACUAAAAAUAGAUGAGUGUCAUAGCUUAAAAGGGGCCCUCCAUCUUCCCUCGCCGCUCAAGGUUCUAAACAUUGUUAACUGCGGUGGGUUGACAUCUCUGGAAUCUCGCUCAGGAGAGCUCUCAUCGUUGGAGCGCCUCAUACUCCGGGGUUGCAAUUCCCUGGCUUCCCUACCGGAUGGGCCGCAGGCAUACUUAUACGUCCAGCGCCUUACAGUUAGAUCCUGCCCUGGUAUUAAGACGCUCCCCGCAAGCCUGCACAAACGGCUGGACAACAUCGAGAAGAAAAACAUAGAUGCCCAUUAUUAUGAAGAUUCAUCAAGGCCCAUCCCUAUCCUUUUGAAACCGAAGACAUGGGCAUAUGCCAUCCGUAGAGAUUAG